AUGUCAGAAAAUGAAAUGAUUGGGCAAUUUCGAAGUAUUGUAGGACAUGAUAUUAGAACAAAUGAAGAUGAGAUGAUGAACAAUUGUCUGAACCAUGACAAGAACUGUUCUAACCCUGUUUUUCCAAAACCAUGCGUGCAGACAGAAACAUGUACGAGGUCAUUUCAGUGCGUACAAUGUAAGAAGUGUUUUACCAAGGCUAGUACUCUUAAAGUUCAUAUGCGGACACAUACAGGCGAGAAGCCAUUUCAAUGUACGCAGUGUGAGAAACGUUUUAUUAAGUCUAGCAAUCUAAAACAGCACAUGUCAACACAUACUGGUAAGAAGCAAUUUCAGUGCAAACAUUGUCAAAAGUGGUUUGCCCAACCUGGCACACUAAGAAAUCACAUGCUAACACACACUGGUCAGAAGCCAUUUCAGUGCACGCAAUGUGAUAAGAGUUUUGUUCACCGCAGUGCUAUAAAGCAACACAUGCUAACACAUACAGGUGAGAAGCCAUUUCAGUGCGAUCAGUGUGAGAAAUGUUUUACCAAGUCCAGUAACCUAAAACAGCACAUGCUAACACACACUGGUGAAAAGCCAUUUAAGUGUCAGCAGUGUGUGAAGUGUUUUGCCAGUUUGAGUAACCUAAACAAACACAUGGUUACACAUACAGGAGAGAAGCCAUUUCAGUGCAAGCAAUGUCAGAAGUGUUUUACUCAGUCUAGUUCUCUAAAGCAUCACAUCCUAACACACACUUCUCAACAGCUAUUUCGGUGCAAGCAGUGUAAGAAACGUUUUAGUAAUUCUUAUGCACUAAAGGAGCAUGUGCUAACACACACUGGUGGAGAUCUACAUAAGAACAAGCAGUGUGUGAAGAGUUUUCCUCGCCCCUGUACUCCAAAACAGCAUGUACUAACACAUGCUAUCGAGAAGCCAUUUCAUUGCAAGCAAUGUAAGAAGCAUUUUACCAAGUCUAGCAAUCUAAAACAACAUCUGCUAAUACAUACAGGCGAGAAGCCAUUUCAGUGCAGCUUUUGUGAGAAGUGUUUUACGCAGUCCUGUAAUCUGAAACAACACAUGCUAGUACAUACUGGUCAAAAGCCAUUCCAGUGCAAUCAGUGUAAGAAGAGUUUUAAUCACUCUGGUACUCUCAAGCAACACAUGCUCACCCAUACAGGAGAGAAGCGUUUUCAGUGUAAGCAGUGCAAGAAAUGUUUUACUCUUCCUGGUACUUUGAAACAACACAUGCUGACACAUAUGGGCAAGAUGCCAUUUCAGUACCAGCAUUUUGAAAAAUGGCUUCUAACAUCACCUGUCGGAACACACACUAUUAUGAACCCUUAUCAAUGUCAAACACUCUUCUUUUCACCAAUAACUCAAAAGCAACACAUGCGAACAUACACAAGUGAUAAGACAUUUCAGCGUGAGUCGAGCAGGCAGAAAUGUUCAAAUUCAAGUAGACUGAAUUAUCACAUGGUAACGCAUAAUAAUUUACCCAUUGCAACACAAUGUAGUUUCUCAGAUGUUAGCAAGAGUAUGGAAGAGCAUACAGCUAUUCCGACUCUUAAUUCAAAUUCUCUUUUGAUGAAUUUGGAUGAAUUUAGAUUUAUUCAGCACAGAAAAACACACAAACACACAUUAACUGGUUUUGAAAAUAUUGUAAGAAGAAAUGGAAAAGACGAUACAUAUCAGUCACACAUUGGGUUAUCGGUUUCAUCAAAAUGUAUGAAAAUGAGAAACAUUGAAACUAAAAUAAAUGGAAAUGAUUUGAGAUACGAUGUUGUUAAAAUAAGUCCAGCUACAGACACUUUCCGGAUUAGAUUUGAAUAG